CCAGUGGCUUCCCCGCGGCCUGGCUGCGCUGUCGGAGGCGGGGCUGCCAAAUCCCGGCCGGGACGGUGAACACCAGGUCCGGGGGCGCGGCGGAGAACGUUCCCCGCAGGGUCGUCGACACGUGAUUAAUAUUUGGGGACUGCUGCAGGCCACGCUCACCUCCACGGGGUAUUAGAGCCACCAGGUGCCCGCAAUAAAAAAAUCAUGGCGGCAAUGAACCUUCUAGAAGACUGGUGCCGGGGGAUGGAUGUGGACAUCCACAGGGCCCUGCUCGUCACGGGCAUCCCAGAAGACUGUGGCCAAGUGGAAAUUGAGGAGACCUUGAGUGGGGUCUUCACCCCCUUGGGCCCGUACCAAGUGCUCAACAAGAUUUUUUUGAGGGAGGAAAACGCGAAAGCCGUCCUCAUUGAGAUGGGCGAGGGUGUGAAUCUGAGCACCAUACCCCGGGAAUUCCCAGGAAGGGGGGGUGCCUGGAGAGUGGUCUGUAGAGACCCCACCCAGGAUGCCGAGUUUUUAAAAAAUCUGCAUGAAUUUUUGGAGAGCGAGGGGCGCACCAUGGAAGAUGUAAUCCGUCUGCUCCAACUUGACCACCCACCACGGCGCCAGAGCCAGAGUCUGCCCCGAGAAAACUGGGCAGAAGCUUUGGGAGUGCUCCUGGGGGCCGUGGUGCAAAUUGUCUUCUACAUGGAUGCAGAGAUACGCCACCGGGAGGAAGCAAGGGCUCAGGAGUUGGCCGAGGCGGAGGUGGUAGCAGCCUGGGCUUCCGAAGCAGGGUGGAAGGUCAAGAAGGAGCCAGGGCCUGCUGCAGGAGUAGGUUGUGCCUUGAAGGUGGAGAACCCCAACAGCUGGUGUGACAUGGAAGAUGAGGUUCCCAAACCCUUUGUUCGCAAGGCUAGGGCUAAGAACUCCUCCAGGAGAAAGAAGCAGAACAGAGCCCCCAAGCAGGAACCAAUGUUCUGGAAAAAAACCAAAGGCGAUCUUUCCAACAGCUCCGCCGACGUGGAAGAUUCUGAGGUGGAUAACACUGACAGGAGGGAGACUUCAGAAUGUGUCCGUAGCAACAAGAAGCCCCCAUUGAAGCAGGAGGAGUUGUCUCUGAAGAAACCAGGGGCGAAAUGUGCUCGAAAGGUCCACAGAGAACCACCUCAGGAUGCCCUGUCAGAAGCUGAGAGCCCGGGAGGCGCCUCAGAGUCAGACCAAGAUGGCAGUCAGGAGGUCCCACCAAAGAAGAAGGCCAUGGGCUGGGCCUCGGCAAAGAGGCAUGCCCCCAUUAGGAAGAAAAAGAAGGUGAGCUUGGGCCCUGUCUCCUAUGUCCUCAUGGAUUCAGAAGAUGCCAAGAAGCCAAUGAUUCCAAAGAAAGGUCCAGGCUGGAGAAAGGAUGCCUCAGUUCUGAAGGCCUCUCGGGGCCCAAAGCUGGUUGAGACACCAGCCUCAGCAUCGCAGGGUCUGAAGACCAAGCCGGAAGGCUCUCCUCAUACCUCCAAAGGCCAGAGUGACCACAGAAGUCAUUUAGAGUGUGUCAGCAAGUGGAUGAUGUGGGAGGAGCAGGAAUGGGAAGUGGAGGAAGAGGUACCCGAAGGGGCAGUGGGUCAGGUGGGCGAUGAUGACGGCCCCAGUGCAUCAGAGGAGGCAGCUGACACAGCAGUCAGCGUUCUAGAAGAAUCCAGAAAGCUUUGAUUUGGCGGACCACUCAUACCUGCAGGAUUAAAGGAAGGCCGUGGAAGGAGCUCCAAGGCAAGAACAAAGAUUUCUGUUGUCACCGAAUGGGACAAGACGUUGGACUCCAUUCAGGGACCCUGUGUGUAGAGGUGUGACUGUCAGGUGAAUGAUGUUUGAGAUUUCAGGUGGGAGGAGUUGGGGGGAGGGAGGUUUAUAUCUGCUGUUUUCUCUGUCAGGCUUGCUUAAUCUCUUCAACUCACCUUCAGAGGUGGGGGAGUUCUGAGCAGAUGGGGCAAAUUCUAGAAUUCUCACUUUUGCCCAAGGACAGGGUCACUGUUGUGUUCACUUGGCCUUUCUCCCCAACUCUUGCCUCUUUGUGUGGUCCGCAGGCCUGUGCAGGGGCCUGGGGUUUGGCCGUGUUCUUGUUUCCACCUUGUUUUUGCUGUGACUAGUGGGUAAGUUAAGCCAGAAUCUUAUAUGCAGACCUGCCUUCCUUGCUUCUCCCGUUUUUCAGCUUCCAGCCUCUAGUUAUCUAACCGGAGGGUAAGAAGGUCCCAAGAGUUAAUUUUGAGGAAAAAGAAUGUCCACUUUAGACCUUGAGGUACUGAGUUUUAGAAUUAACUAAUAACAGUGAUACCUUGGUUCCCAUUUGGGGUGAAGCUGUCUCUGGAAGCCUCUGGGGAAGGGGUGACUGGGAGGGAAGAACUCAGACACUUCUAGGCUUCCCCGUGCCCGUCUAAUACCACCAAACUCUUGGUCUUUCUCACACUAUAGCAAGAGGGAAAAAAUUCUUAAGUUGGCUGUUAAUUUCUGCUUUCUGAACAGACAUUAAAUCAGAUUAGCAUUUCAUGGCCUGUGUGUGGGGGGGGGGGGGGGGUACAGGUAACCCCAGAUCAUUGGUUUUCAAACUGUAUGCUGGGGAACCCCAAGGGUUCCACAAAGAUUUAACCCAACUCUGUUUUUUAAAAAAUACUCUUCAACAGCCGUGAAAAAUGACUACUCAAAUUUGUCACAGACCAAAUUGUAUCACCCUGGAGACUACCGAAAUACGAUUUCGUGUUCAUAGGUUAACUUGUCUUCGUACAAGUCUCAUGUUAGUUGUUUCUGCCAUCUCUUUGCAUAUAAGUGAACUUUGUGUUCGUGUGACUUUCAUGAGGAGGGGAGAAGGGAGAGAAAUUCAGACUCUGCACAUCCUGUAAUGUAACUGUGAAAGCAGGUUUACUUAUGUAAUUCACAGGCUCUUGUUACUGUGAGUUUCUGUUGUGUAUUCAUAAAUAAUAUUCUAUUAUAGUUUUAGCCUUUGUAAGCUGUGUGUGGGGGUGCGUCUGUUCUCACCUCAGUUUUUGUGCUAAAGAAUGUGAACAGUUGUUAGAUUUUAUUAGUUAUUCAACUUUGAAACAAAUUUUUUGUGAAUCUUCAAAAUCCUGAGCGAGUUUAACUGAAGAUGCAGAAAAAAGAAAAGAGUUUCCACUUACAGCUGCUAGUUGGUGUGUGUCAAGUUUUUCGAUGGGCACUUGAAGCACAUUGGACUCUCAAGGUGAAGAAAGCCGGUAGCUGUCCAGCUCCCAGUUACAAAAUUGGGUCCAUUAUGGCUUCAUUGUCCUAACCGAUUGCGCCAGGAUCAGUCAUUGUGAAUGUAUGUAUAAAAUAAAGUUGAGCACCUUAAA